UAUAAAACAGCCAGCUCAAGAAAAGGUCUUUCUCUGACUUGUUUCAGUUUUCAGGGCCUCCAGGAUCAUGGCCUAUAAAAUGCUCCAAGUAGUCCUGUGUUCCACAUUGCUUAUAGGAGCAUUGGGAGCGCCAUUUUUGUUGGAGGACCCAGCAAACCAGUUCCUACGUCUCAAAAGACAUGUAUACUUGCAAGAUUACUGGGACCCAGAUUACAGUUCCAAUGGGUGGGGAAUCACACUGGCUCAUCAGGCUCAUGAAACAUGGACUUUCUUGAAACAAACUGCAAAGCAUUAUUUGAAACAAACCUUCACCUCUAACAUGUCUACGGCCCAGCAAAGGAGCUUCACUGGGUAAAGCUGGAGAACAAAGAUGGUGGGAGUCUGCAUGACCAUGUGCCAAAACCCUAGGCUUUGGAGACCUAAGACAAAUCUGUGCCAUUUACUAGGUUAUUUGUUGUGUCUAUCCCAUAGAGUUGCUGAAAGGAGAAUUAUGAAAUCCCAUGUAGAGACCUAGAAUUAGAGGUUCUCAAUAAAUUGUUGCACUUAAAAUAAGAACUAAAAUAAAGGCUGUAGUUAAAACAUUUACUAAAAGGUGAGCUUUUGUAGAAAAGAAAAGCAAAAGCGAAAUAAAAUAGUGUCAUUAAAACUC